AGAUUAUUCAGACUACGGUGUCUCGAGUCGGUCAGUUCCCAUUGUUAGGCGUUUUCAAAAUUCGUAAUUUCCCUUUUCCUCAAUGACGAUGGGUGAUAUGAUAUAUGAAGAACUGGAGGAUUUGAUGCAUUUUUCAGUCCACGAUUUACCAGGUCGUGGAUAUGCUGUUAUGGAGGAGAUCAGAAGGCAAGGGAAACUCUGCGAUGUCACCCUGAAGGUUGGAGACCACAAGUUCAGCGCCCACAGGAUUGUUCUGGCUGCCUCCAUCCCUUACUUCCAUGCCAUGUUUACGAAUGACAUGGUAGAGUGCAAGCAAGAUGAGAUUGUAAUGCAAGGGAUGGACCCUAGUGCACUUGAAGCUUUGAUCAAUUUUGCGUAUAAUGGCCAUGUGGCCAUCGACCAGCAGAACGUCCAGUCCCUGCUGAUUGGAGCCAGCUUUUUGCAGCUGCAGAAUGUCAAGGAUGCCUGCUGCUCCUUCCUCCAGGAAAGACUUCACCCUAAGAACUGUCUGGGCGUGCGACAGUUUGCAGAGACCAUGAUGUGCACGACACUGUACGACGUGGCCAACAGUUUUGUCCACCAGCACUUUGUGGAGGUGUCCGUGUCUGAGGAGUUCCUCAGUCUCAGGCCAGAGGAAGUACUGGAGCUGGUGGGUUGUGACGAACUCAACAUCAAAGCGGAGGAGCAGGUGUUUGAAGCAGUUCUUGCGUGGGUACGGCAUGAACGCGAGGAUCGGGAACCUCGGCUCCCUGAGUUGCUCUCCAAGACCCGUCUGCCCCUUUGUCGACCCCAGUUCUUGGCAGACCGCGUUCAACAGGAUGAGCUGGUGCGCUUUUGCCACAAAUGCAGGGAUCUUGUUGAUGAAGCGAAGGAUUUCCACCUCAUGCCAGAGCGCCGUCCUCACCUGCCCGCUUUUAAGACUCGACAAAGAUGCUGUACUUCAAUCGCAGGGCUAAUAUAUGCAGUCGGUGGACUAAAUAGUGCAGGUGACUCAUUGACUGUAGUUGAAGUAUUUGACCCAAUUGCAAAUUGCUGGGACCGCUGUCAGCCAAUGAGUACAGCUCGAAGUCGAGUGGGUGUGGCAGUUGUCAAUGGGUUACUUUACGCAAUCGGUGGAUAUGAUGGACAGUCACGGCUAAGCACAGUGGAGGUCUAUAACCCAGAAACGGAUACUUGGACAUGUGUUGCUAGCAUGAACAGUCAACGCAGUGCAAUGGGAACAGUGGUGGUUGACGGACAUAUCUAUGUGUGCGGGGGCUAUGACGGCAAAUCCUCACUCAACUCAGUAGAGUGCUACUCUCCAGAAGCCAACAGGUGGACAGUAAUGACAGAGAUGAGUGCAAGUCGCAGUGCAGCUGGGGUGACUGUUUAUGAUGGAAGGAUUUUUGUAUCUGGUGGUCAUGACGGUUUACAGAUCUUCAAUACGGUGGAGUACUACAACCAGCACACAGCCCUUUGGCACCCCGUUGCUGGCAUGAUGAACAAGCGCUGUCGCCAUGGCGCUGCAGCCCUUGGCAGCCAGCUCUAUGUGGCGGGGGGUUAUGAUGGCUCCGGGUUCCUCAGCGGGGCCGAGGUGUACAGCUCGGUGGCAGACCAAUGGAGCCACCUGGUGGCCAUGAACACACGGCGCAGCAGAGUCUCACUGGUGGCAAACUGUGGCAGGCUUUACUCCGUGGGUGGCUAUGACGGACAAUCCAACCUGAGCUCUGUAGAGAUGUACGACGCUGAGACCAACCGCUGGACAUUCAUGGCACCCAUGGUGUGCCACGAGGGUGGGGUGGGUGUUGGUUGUAUACCCCUUCAGCCUGCUUAACCCCUACCAUCCCCAAAAGCCCAAAGACUUUUAGAUUUUUUUAAAUGAAUUUUUAAAUCAAUUAACAAGAAAAAUGUAUAACUGUAUGUUUCUGUAUACCAGGUACCACAGUUCAAAACAUUUGAUUAAUUUAAGUCUGGCUUAGCCAUUGUACCAUUUGAAAGGUUUAUAAUGAGAAUGUUCAUAGGGCAUUAGUACAUGAGUAAACAUAUGUUGGGAUUCUGUUGCGUAGUUUGUAGGGAUACAGAGGCUGGGGUUUUGGAAUGGCCGGAGGUAACUGCCCUGACCCAUUAGGGUCCUAAGCUCCUAUUUGGGUCCUAAGCUCCUAUUUGGGAGGCGCGACCAUAAAUGAACUUGUCGUGAAUGGAUCGCAGGAUAAGUGUGGACUUGUAUCGUAUGAUAUGUGCAUCAGACUUUACAAUCUUGAAGUGAUACUACAUACCAGAAUCUGUCCCGAAUGUGACUAUCACUAUCAAUGUCUGCACCAUUGUGCUGAGGAUUGAGUUGCACUAUCUGAUUUGGAAGCAUUGUCGUGGUUUCAUAAUAUGGUACAGGUUUCACAAUGUUGGUGAAUUUCUUUGUGUUUUGGGAAAAUAGGUAUUAUUUCGAUUGGGAUCAUUUGCUUAUGAAUAUUAUUAUAAAGUAACUGACCACCAUAACUGUUUGCCCUUUGGUUGUGGGAACUGUUUUCCCAACAAGGGUCUCAGCAAAAGGGAACUGAAGAACUGUCUUCCGGGUUGAUUGCAUUACGAUGCCACAACACCAAGUUGUUAGGCAACUUGAUCACCCUUCAAAUUGUUUUAAACAAAAUGAACAACACAUGAGGUGCGUUCAACAGAGGAAGUAGUUUGCUAACGUUAUCUAACAUAUUCCGUUUGUUUUUCUGUUGGCUGCGAAAGUUCGCUAACAGUGUGAGAAGGUGGUAGUGCGCUGCGAACGUACACUAUCUGUUUCGGGUCUAAGCCGCCACCACGUAGGCUUUCUAUUGCAUGUAGUAGGAAUAGGAACGUCAUUUUCAGUUUGAUUCUCAUUGCUAAACUGUCAUGGUAAUCCUUACAAACGUUUAGCUUUUUAUUAAUGUUUCAACAGAACGUUCAUUCAAAAGCGUUCAACUUGAGAUUGUUACUAAGUAACAUGUUCGUCACAAACAGAACCCUUGUUGAACACACCUCUGCUCAAAGUGCAAUUCCAUCUUUUAUUAUAAAAAUAGUAUGGGAGAACUUAAGUGGCUAAAAUAUGAUGGAGGGUGAUUUGAAGAGAAGAAUUUUAAGAAUGAGGUAUUGUGUAAUGUAAUUGAAAAUGGAUUGUACAGUGAGAUGUAGUAUUGCUUGUUUGUCGGACUUUACCUGCUGCAUUUGUCACGAUUUAAAUAACUUUCUUUUGGGAUUAAUUACUGUGAACUUUUGAAAUGUUGAUGUUCUGCUUAUUUCUGCUGAUGUUCUGGUAAUAUAUUACACACACAUUUUAUAUAUAUAUAUAUAUAUAUAUAUAUAUAUUUUUUGCAUAAUUAUGUUUGCAGUAUUCUUACUGCUCUUCACUUUUGGUACUGUCUGGUCCCAGGCUACAAAAUUGUAUUUAUUAGUGCAUUUCUUGUUGUUGUUGCUUGAUUCUUAACUGUACAAUUAGUACUACUAUCACAAAUAUGUAAGCCUGAAGGGAUAGUGAUUUUUUUUUAUGACUUCCCUAGGGUGUUGUUCUUUUCUCCAAAACCGUUUACGAAUUUUUUAGAUGUUCAUUUAGCAACGUCGAGAAUAAUCUGACUAGCAUUUCGGGAGAAUGUAGGAUUCCAUCCGUUAGUAGUGCAUUCAAAACCAUCACAAUUGGUGCAAAUUGAGUUGCAGCCAUUUAAAAAAAAUAUUAACAGGGACAUCCUAUUGAGACCAUGGCCUCUUUUUAUAAGGGAGCCCUGCACACAAUCAUAUAAAUUCACAAUAUUUACAAUUCCAACGCAAUAAAAACAUACACUAUUUACAAGUCAUUUAAGAAAAGUAACUUACAAGACACUUUCAUGACAAACGAACACAUUCCCUCAGUAAAAAAAGGUAAUAAAUCAACCAGUCGUCUUAACUGCUCUAGUGGCACCAAGACAUCCAACCUGAGAGAGUUCUGGAGAUCAUUCCACAAGUAAGGCGCAAAUAAACGUAACGCAGAUCUACCGAACUCAGUGGACACCGAUGGGCUCUCCAGAGUUAGCCAUCUCUGAGACCGGGUCUGGUCGCUCGUACAUCUUUAGGUUACGAUGAAGUGAGGUACGGCGGAUGUUUGUGUAAGAGCGCUUUAUAAACACAAAUAGUGCAAUGCGUCGAUCAAUGAGACUUCAAAGAGGGCCAGCUUACUUUCUGAUACAGAAAGCAGUGAUAUGUACUGAACCUGUCACCUGUAAAUAAAGCGCAGUGCGCUAUGAGUAA